AGCGGACAGACAGCACGUGUCCAGGCGAGGGCCACGGAAGCCAUUGGACGUCUGUCAUAUCAGAUUCUGUCCAGAGGCAUCGUGUAUGAGAGUAAAACUGUGGAAGCCACAGGUCAGCACCUGGUGGUCUUUGACAUUCCAUUGACCCCUGACCUCGCCCCACAGCCCACAUGACGGCCUACUACGUGCGACCUGACCUAGAAAUUGUGGCCGACAGCAUCGCCUUCAACGUCGACGGCGUCUUCAAGAAUAAGGUGAGUCUGGAGCUGAGCGCCAACAGAACCGAGCCUCACACCGAUCUGGAGGUGUACGUCACAGCAGACCCCGAUUCCACGGUUUACUUGCUGGCCGUCGACCAGAGUGCUUUGCUGCUGAAGACCGGAAAUGACAUCACGCCUAGGCAGGUGGAAGAUGCUGUUGCUGUCUACGAUGAGGGAACGAGCAAACCUUCCGACUCAGCCUUUGCUCUGUCUCUGAGUAGGCAAGACAUAGCUAACACGAUGCAGGAAGUCGGCAUUAACGUGUACUCUGAUGCCAAUCUGUAUGCAACAUCGGUGGCUACGAGUACUACACCUUAUGAUCCUUCAAUUAACGGACCUGUUCCAACGCCCGCAAAGCCCAAAACACUUAUUGGUGACUACCGAACAACUACUAAGGACUUUUUCUCAUAUGCCUACCCACGGGGUCCUGGAUAUUCAAGUGGGUCCGCGACAUUAGAAGGGUUACCUUCUAAUUCCUUUCCAGAGUCUCGGUUGGUUUCCAAUGACAUUGUACAAUUAACUUUAUCACGAGCACCAUCCCAGCCACUUAAGGAGGUGGAACGGGUACGCAACCUGUUUCCAGAGACCUGGCUCUGGCUUAACCAGACAGUCGGAAUCAACGGCUCAGCCACGAUUCACACCACUGUACCGGACACCAUCACCUCCUGGAUCACCACAGCCUUCGCCUCCAACCUCCAGUCUGGCCUGGGAGUUGGACCUUCUCCUGCUAAGCUGACUGUCUUUCGGUCUUUCUUUGUGAGUCUGACUCUGCCCACCUCAGUCAUCAGGGGAGAAUACGUCGUGGUGCAGGCCAGCGUCUUUAAUUAUCUCCCCUCAGAUAUAGUAGUUGUCGUGAAACUUCCGGCCUCCAAUGAAUACACCAGCGUGACAAUCGGCAGUGGGGAGAGUGAAACUGUUACACCUGGAGACCAGGAGCGAACAGUGAACGUGAAGUCUAACGAGCAGGCUGUGGUGUACUUCCCCAUCAUCCCCACGGCCCUGGGAGCCAUCGACAUCGAGGUGUCCGCCAGGUCCACGCUGGCUGCUGACGCCGAACGUCGACAACUUAUCGUUGAGGCUGAAGGCAUGCCUGGUGAGUUCAAUAUCCUGUAUUUAUCAAUCUGGGACCUAAUGGCACCGAGACCUUCUCUCAGACGUUUCCAGUCACUGUACCUGAUGAUGUUGUCAGUGGUUCUUCGAGGUCACGAAUAAAGGUCACCGGGGACAUUUUGGGACCCAGUGUUGACGGUCUCGAAAGGCUUCUGCGCAUGCCUACCGGAUGUGGCGAGCAGAAUAUGGUCACCAUGGCUCCUAAUCUCUACAUCGCUAGUUAUUUGAAGUCUACAGGACAGAUUACUCCAGAACUUGCAGCAAGAAUUAAGUAUCUUCUAGAAACAGGUUACCAGCGACAGUUGACAUAUCAAAGACAAGAGGGGGCCUUUAGUACUUUUGGAAACCGAGACAAUGCAGGAAACACGUG